GUCUGCCGCCUGCACCGCCGCCUGCUCCCUCCCGCCGUCUGGCUGACGUGGAGGGCCGGAGGCGGUGGCGGCGGUGGCCCGCGUCCGAGGCUCGCGGGCUGCGGGCCCCGGUGAGUGCACACCCGGCGCGCGGCAGGGCUCCCGAUGUGUCACCUUGUCCCAUUGCAGCCGAGAUGCCCGGGGCGCGGGCCCCUCCACACCCCCUCCGUGGGUGUGUGGAUUGUGCACCAUGGAUGAUUUUGCCAAGGGAGAAUUCACUGUAGGAGAUUAUGACUUGUUAGAAGAUUGCCCUUAUGAGGACUACUGUGUCUUUGCUCCUGAAUUUAUUACUGAUGAUUAUGUUCGUGUGACUCAGCUUUACUGUGAUGGGGUGGGUAGGCAGUAUAAAGAUUAUGCCCAAAGUGAGAGAAAUUUAGAAUUUGACAUCUGUGAUAUAUGGUGUAGUAAACCAAUUUCUGUCCUGCAAGAUUACUGUGAUGCCAUUAAAAUAAGCAUCUUCUGGCCACUUCUGUUUCAACAUCAGAACAGUUCUGUAAUAUCAAGAUUGCAUCCCUGUGUGGAGGCCAUCAAUUCUCGUGCUUCUGAGAUAAGUUUGAAGAAAUUACAGUAUCUAGAGUUGAUGGAAGAUAUUGUGGAUUUGGCAAAGAAAGUUGUGAAUGAUUCAUUCCUUAUUGGAGGCUUAUUGAGAAUUGGUUAUAAAAUAGAAAAUAAAAUCUUGGCAAUGGAAGAAGCUUUAAAUUGGGUAAAAUACACAGGCGAUGUAACGAUUCUACCUAAAUUAGGAUCAGUUGACAAUUGUUGGCCUAUGUUAAGUAUUUUCUUUACUGAAUACAAAUAUCACAUAACUAAAGUUGUUACAGAAAACUGCAAUUUGCUUGAAGAAUUAAAAACCCCAAAUUGUGCGGAGUGUGUAGAGCAAGGAGAACUAAUGAAAAUGAAAGGAAAUGAAGAAUUUUCCAAAGAAAGAUUUGAUAUAGCUAUUAUCUAUUACACCAGAGCCAUUGAAUAUAGACCUGAAAACCACCUUCUUUAUGGUAAUCGAGCUCUUUGUUUUCUUCGUACUGGACAAUUCAGAAAUGCACUUGGUGAUGGAAAGAGAGCCACUAUUUUGAAGAACACUUGGCCAAAGGGUCAUUAUCGUUAUUGUGAUGCUCUUUCUAUGCUGGGGGAAUAUGACUGGGCCCUGCAAGCAAACAUAAAAGCUCAAAAACUCUGUAAAAAUGACCCUGAGGGAAUCAAGGAUCUAAUUCAGCAGCAUGUAAAGUUACAAAAACAAAUAGAAGACCUACAAGGGCGAACACCAAAUAAGAAUCCAAUUAAAGCCUUUUACGAAAGCAGGGCCUACAUACCUAGGAGUUUAUCAGCACCUACGUUUAGCACUUCACUUAACUUUGUGGAGACAGAAAGAGAUUUUAGAAAAACUAACCACGAAAUGGCAAACGGUGGUAAUCAGAAUAUAAAGGUGGUAGAUGAGGCUUUGAAGGUAGAUGAUUGUGACUGUCAUCCUGAAUUUGUACCACCAUCAAGUCAGCCUCCAAAACAUAAAGGAAAACAAAAAUCUCGAAACAAUGAAUCAGAGAAGUUCAGUUCUAGUUCUCAAUUGACUUUACCAGUAGAUUUGAAAAACAUCUUGGAGAAACAGUUUUCUAAAUCUUCCAGAGCUGCACACCAGGAUUUUGCUAAUAUAAUGAAAAUGCUGAGAAGCUUAAUUCAAGAUGGUUACACAGCCUUGUUGGAGCAGCGUUGCCGCAGUGCAGCACAGGCCUUUACAGAGUUGCUGAAUGGUUUAGAUCCUCAAAAAAUAAAGCAAUUGAACUUGGCCAUGAUUAACUAUGUCUUAGUAGUCUACGGACUUGCCAUUUCUCUUCUUGGAAUAGGACAGCCUGAGGAAUUAUCUGAAGCUGAAAACCAGUUUAAGAGGAUUAUUGAACACUACCCCAAUGAGGGACUUGAUUGCUUGGCCUACUGUGGAAUUGGAAAAGUAUAUUUGAAAAAAAACAGAUUCCUAGAAGCUCUCAAUCACUUUGAGAAAGCAAAAACCUUGAUUUAUCGUCUUCCUGGAGUGUUAACUUGGCCCACAAGUAAUGUGAUUAUUGAAGAGUCUCAGCCAGAGAAAAUAAAGAUGCUAUUAGAGAAAUUUGUUGAAGAAUGCAGGUUCCCUCCAGUGCCAGAUGCCAUUUGUUGCUAUCAGAAGUGCCGUGGAUAUUCCAAAAUCCAGAUAUAUAUAACCGAUCCAGACUUCAAGGGUUUUAUACGAAUCAGCUGUUGCCAAUACUGUAAAGUAGAAUUUCACAUGAACUGCUGGAAGAAGUUAAAAACAACAACCUUUAAUGAUAAAAUUGACAAGGAUUUUCUACAAGGAAUUUGUCUAACCCCUGAUUGUGAAGGUAUCAUUUCUAAGAUUAUCAUCUUUAGCAGUGGUGGUCAAGUAAAAUGUGAAUUUGAACACAAGGUUAUAAAAGAAAAGGCUCCUCCAAGACCUAUUCUGAAACAGAAGUGUUCUAGCCUAGAGAAGCUAAGACUAAAAGAAGACAAAAAAUUGAAGAGAAAGAUCCAAAAAAAAGAAGCAAAAAAAUUAGCACAAGAAAGAAUGGAAGAAGACUUAAGAGAAAAUAAUCCACCCAAAAAUGAAGAGCAGAAAGAAACUGUAGACAAUGUUCAGAGUUGCCAGUUCCUUGAUGACAGAAUUCUACAGUGCAUAAAGCAGUAUGCUGACAAGAUUAAAUCUGGUAUACUGAAUACUUCCAAGCUUCUCAAAGAAUUGCUUUCUUGGAAAGUUUUGAGCACAGAAGACUAUACAACCUGUUUUUCUAGCAGAAAUUUUCUAAAUGAAGCAGUGGACUAUGUCAUUCGUCACUUGAUUCAAGAAAAAAGUAGAGUAAAGACAAGGAUAUUUCUGCAUGUUUUGAGUGAGCUUAAAGAAGUGGAGCCCAAAUUAGCCACCUGGAUCCAGAAACUUAACAGCUUUGGCUUAGAUGCCACAGGAUCUUUUCUUUCUCGUUAUGGAGCAUCUCUUAAGGAACUUGAUUUCAGCAUCAUGACUUUUCUUUGGAAUGAGAAAUAUGGUCAUAAACUAGAGUCUAUAGAAGGAAAGCCACUUGAUUAUUUCUAUGAACCAACAUCCUUGAAGGAAGCACGUUGUUUAAUAUGGCUGCUAGAAGAACACAGAGACAAGUUCCCAGCAUUGCAUAAUGCUUUAGAUGAAUUCUUUGAUAUAAUGGACAGCCGCUGUACUGUAUUAAGGAAACAAGACAGUGGUGAAGCACCGUUUAGUUCUACCAAGGUGAAAAACAAAGGCAAGAAAAAGAAGCCAAAAGAUUCAAAACCUAUGUUAGUUGGGUCUGGAACAACCUCAGUAACACCAAAUAAUGAGACUAUUACUUCAGGUGAAGACCAUAACCGACGCAAUUCAGAUUCUGCAGGCCCGUUUGCAGUGCCUGAUCAUCUUCGUCAAGAUGUAGAAGAAUUUGAAGCUCUCUAUGACCAACACAGUAAUGAAUAUGUUGUCCGCAAUAAGAAACUGUGGGACAUUAACCCAAAACAAAAAUGUUCAACUUUAUAUGAUUAUUUUUCUCAGUUGUUGGAGGAACAUGGUCCCUUGGACAUGAGUAACAAGAUGUUCUCUGAAGAAUAUGAGUUUUUUCCUGAAGAAACUCGACAGAUACUAGAAAAAGCAGGAGGUCUAAAAUCUUUUCUCCUGGGAUGUCCUCGUUUUGUUGUGAUUGACAACUGUAUUGCAUUGAAGAAAGUUGCAUUACGGCUCAAAAAAAAGAGAAAGAAGAAAAACAUUAAAACAAAAGUAGAAGAAGUUUCAAAAACGGGAGAGUAUUUACGAGUUAAACUACCACUGAAUCCAGCUGCUAGGGAAUUUAAACCAGAUGGAAAGUCCAAACGAGUUUCUGAUUUGUCUUCAGCACCAGCUUCUGAGGAUGUGAAGCCCAAACCUGUGCCUGCUAAUUCUCCCAAACCAGCUUGUGAAGAUGUGAAGCCCAAACCGGUAUCUGAUAAUUCUUUAAGACCAGUUUCUGAGGAUGGAAAACCCAAAGGAGUCUCUUCUAAUUCUUCCAAACCAGUCUCUGAGGAUGCAAAUAAAAAGCGAGUCUCCUCUAAUUCUCCCAAACCAGUUCUUGAAGAUGUGAAACCAACCUAUUGGACUCAAUCCCACUUGGUCACAGGAUAUUGUACAUAUCUUCCUUUUCAAGGAUUUGACAUCAACCAGACGCCGCCAGCAUAUAUAAAUGUGUUACCAAGUUUGCCCCAGUACACCAGCAUAUACACAUCUUUGACCAGCAUUUCUUCCGAGUAUCAGUUGCAAAGAUCAAUACCAGUGGUGCCAUCUUUUGUAGCCAAUGACAGAGCAGAUAAAAAUGCCACUGCUUAUUUUGAGGGUCAUCAUUUGAAUGCUGAGAAUGCUGCUGAUAACCAGAUUGUCUCUGAAACACAGAUCCUUGAGGACUCUUUGGGAGUAUCUGUAAAGUCACAGUGUAGCACAGGUGAUGCUAAUACACCCCCAAGUGAGUCUAACAGAAAUGAUGGACACUGUGGGAAUUCUAACAAUAAAUGUGAAGUAAAUCCUGAAAGUACCAAUGCAAUAACAAAUAUUCCACAUACACAGAUGGUUGCUGCACAGGUAUCUUGGAAUAUAAUACACCAAGAAGUCAAUACUGAACCUUAUGAUCCUUUUGAGGUAGAACAAGGGGAUAUUUCACAGAUUGAAAAAGAGUACCAGGAAUUACAAGAGCAGCUCAAGAAAGCACGUGAAAAUUAUGAGCAGAUAAAACUCAAGGGCUCAGAAGAGACCAGGGACCUGGAAGAAAAAUUAAAAAGGAACUUAGAAGAAAACAAGAUCUCAAAGACGGAAUUAGAUUGGUUCCUCCAAGAUUUGGAAAAAGAAAUUAAAAAAUGGCAACAAGAGAAAAAAGAAAUCCAAGAAAGACUAAAAGCACUGAAGAAGAAAAUUAAAAAGGUUUUAAGUGCCAGUGAAAUGUACACCCAGAAAAAUGACGGAAAGGAUAAAGAACACGAAUUACAUCUGGAUCAGUCCCUUGAAAUCAGUGAUACAUUCACAAAUGAGAAAAUGAAAAUAGAAGAGUGUAUAAAGAAAGGGAAAGAACAUUAUGAAGAGAAUCAUCAAAGAGCUGUGGCUGCAGAGGUAUCAGUUCUUGAAAACUGGAAGGAGAUUGAAAUACGUAAGUUACAGAUCAUUGAAUCACAAGCAGAAGACUAUCUUAAGAACCUUAAGCUAAUGAGCAGUGAUUCUGCAGCAUAUCCCGACAUGGAGUCUGAUAUUUGUUCAUGGGAGUCCUUCCUUUCUAAUGUUGUGAAAGAAAUUGAGAAAGUAAAGUCUCAGUUUGAGGAACAGAUUAAGGCAAUAAAAAAUGGUUCUCAGCUCAGUGAACUUCCUAAAGUACAGAUUUCUGAACUUUCAUUUCCUGCCUGUAGCACAGUUCAUCCUCAGUUACUUCCUGAGUCUUCAGGCCAUGAUGAUCAGGGGCCUGUGACUUCUGCAAGUGAUGUGACUAGAAACCAAACAACCGUUCACGAGGAUUCAGGUCUCUUUUCUGCCAGAGAUUUCCCAGUGGAGGCUCCUUCUGUGCUGUUGCCAGAAUCACCCUCUGGUGAGCCUGAAGUUGCUGGGCUGCCAGCGCCUGGGAGGGCUGGCCAGGCAGCUCCUUCAAAUCAAAGCCUCGUGGCUGACCAGAAACUACCUACUCGUUCGAACCAGUCUCCAAAAAAGCCUUUCAAUAGUAUUAUCGAGCACCUGUCAGUGGUGUUCCCGUGUUAUAGCAGCACUGAGCUUGCUGGUUUUAUUAAAAAAGUACGGAACAAAAAUAAGAACUCACUGUCAGGAUUGAGUAUUGAUGAAAUUGUCCAAAGAGUGACAGAACACAUUCUAGAUGAACACAAAAAGAAAAAGCCACAUCCAGGAAAGGACAAGAGAACCUCUGAGCCCAGCUCUGCCACUUCUGUGACCAGGGUCUCCCAGGGUCCACCCUCGGUGAUUGUUGGACCAUCAUCCAAAACCAAGGGGCAGAAAACAGAAGAUGUUCCUGCAUCAGGUGCAAAUUCUUGUGAAAUAUGUCAUGAGGUAUUCAAAUCAAAAAAUGUGCGAGUGCUGAACUGUGGGCACAAGUUUCACAAAGGGUGCUUUAAGCAAUGGCUUAAAGGGCAGAGCACCUGCCCAGCUUGCCGUGACCGUGAUCUCCUGUCAGAAGAGUAGUCUGCACCUUCUGGAAGAAGCCAGCCUAGUGAAAAUUGGGAACCACCUUUCUGCCACUCUAGGUAGUCACACUUCACCAAAACAAAAUUUACCAGCGUGUUGAAUUGGAAGAACAACAAUAUACUACCUUUGGUAUAAAAAGCAAACAUUUGAAGACUCUCUUGCAUUGUUUGUUAUAAAGUUAAUAAAUGGAAAUCUUUAAUACAGUUGAUAAAAAGUAAUUUCCCCUCUCUGAUUAAAUACUAUGAUGAUAGCCAAGUAGUGGCUAAUAAAAUGAUGUGUAACUACAUUCUUACAUUGCUGGGGCUGCUGCAGAGGGACUCUCUGAUAUGGGUGGCAUCUUUUGGGGAAUAUUGUGAGCGCCUCAAAGCAGCACUUGAAUUAUAAGAAUUUUUAAUCUGUUCACGUGCCCCAGUUUCCCCUUUUGGGUUGGUUAGAAAAAUCUGUUCUAAAAGCUCCACAAGAGAGAUACUGACCUUUUAAAAUUUUUCUGAAAUUCAGCAUUUCUGAAAAUAUGCCUACAUUUUCCUCAAAGAUUCUGCAUUUUUAAAAAAAUGGACUUAAAGGAAACCACAUUUUAACAAUUUGUAGGUAAUAUUAAAUAUUGGCUGAUUUAGACCAAAAGAUUAAAAUCUCCUCUUCCUGAAACACCAUGUGCUUUUAAUUUUUCAUUUCAUUGUUUUAUUUUCCCCCAUAGAUUUUUUAAGUGCUUAUUACUUCUUAUCUUUUAAAGAUGUGAUCAGAUUUUUGAAAAUCACUUACAAAAUCGCUUUUUAUUAGGAUCAGCCAAAACUUUUUUACCCCCUAGAAUUGAGGCUAUGCGUUCAUCAUACCAGCCCCACAUUUGGAACUUACUCUUUGAAUAGUCUCUUCUUCUCACUAGUAGCAUUUGUCCUCUUUAUGAGUCAGUCCACAAGUGCUUUGAGAUCCACAUCUAGCAAAGUGCUGAGCACAGGACAAGCACUGUGUGGAAACAGUCACCAUCAUUCGCCUUCCUCAUCCCACCACCAAAAAGAGAAGCCUGUGUAAUUAGACAAUCCUGAGAUGUCCGUGGUACAGUUGUUCUGUGUUUGACAUUUGUGUAAAGUAGUGCAUGCAACCUUGUACUGUGGCCUAAGAACAAAACCAUAACUGCAUUAGAAACUUUAAAAACUAGGUAUCUUUCAGUGACUUAUAGACAGUUGUCAAUAUAGAAACAUGAAUUCUAGACACAUUCCAUUUCUGCCAAACAGGAAGGAUCAAAAAAUGUUUUUCAAUGUGUUCUUUGUUCUACUGCAAACUUGGAGUCAUGAGUGUAAUGAGCUGAUUUGGUCACCUUCCUGCCUCUGUUCAGUGUGAGUUUUGAUGUCUUAUGACUUAGUCCCUAAACGCUCACUCCUUAUUUUGAAACAUUCUCUGUAGUGGUCUUUAAAACAUUGUCUGCAUAUUCAUACUGAUUGAGAGCUGUAGGUAUGAAAAUACACAGAGACCAGUUUGUAGCAACAGGUACAAAGGAGAAGAGCAGCUGUAAAGUGAGGAGACGUUAUUUUGUACAUAACUUCACAUUCUUGUGAACAAGCCUUAUAUUUGUCCACUAACUGUCAGAAUAAAGAGCAUUCUAAAAUA